AAAAGGGGGCGAUGAAGACUGAAGCUCUCAUGAAGUGAAAUAAGCUAUGAUGGUCACCAUCACGCAUGGGCCGACGCAGCGAAGCAGUCAAAACUUGGGAACACAGCUGGGAAAUGUGCAACGCUGAACACAAACUGUAAGAAAUUUGAAGAGGCUGUGUAGUUUAGGCUAAACGACUUCGAGCUUUGCCAAAGCCGGAGGCAAAAAGGGGCUCUCCAUGUAUUGUGGAUUCUCCUUACCGAUGACGACGGAGCGCAGGCAAAAUAAGGAGCGCCUGGAAGCUAGUCUUGCUUGGUUAUGCGAACUGGAGCUUCUGAAACAGCGACAAGAAAGCCUGGUCUUGAACGCUCUGUCCCUCGGAGAUAUAGUUCCAGGACAGCCAGCAUGGGGAGAUCUUCAGCCUGCUCGUUCCACCCAAUCGGACGUCCUUCGGGAGCAAGAGGACUUGACUUUGAGACGACAACUGAACAGUCUCCAGGGUGCCCCCUGGGGGUUAAUGCUGGCGCUGGAGCAGCAGCUGAGGGAGCUGGGCUUGGAGCAGUCAUCGCCAUUGUCGUUGCCGCCGCCACCCCUCCUUCCCGCCACCGUCUGCGAUGAGGCGUCUGAGGACGAGGACGAGGAGGACAGUCGACCCAGCUCAGGCUUUUAUGAGCAGAGUGAGAGUCUCUCCCCUCCUGGUGGCCCGCCAACAACCUGGGCCUCCAGUCACCACCGGCCCAAAUCAGUGGAUUGCUCUUUGCUGAAUGGAGAGGAGGCCAGGGAGCCCAGUCCUCGGGCUAUGCUGCCUCGUUCCCACUCUGCUCCCUUCUCCCCCCUGGAGGACAUCGCAGAGGGCACAGGAGAGGAGGAGGAGGUGGAGGAGGACGAGCCGUGGCCGGAGGCGCCGGAGCUGGACACCACGGAGGAGGACAUCCAGCAGGCGCUGCGUGUGGAGGCCUACAUCCUGUCCCUUCUGCAGCGUCGGGCCCUGCGGCCCCGCCAGACGCAGUACCCGCCGGCCGCAACAGGCCGCGGCCUGACCACCUCCGCCUCCUUCCCGGUCCGCCCGCCGCACCCCAUCACAGUCCCUGCCGCCCACGCCACCGAAGCGCCUCCGGACCCCGCCGCCGAGCCGCAGGAGUGGGUGGCCAGCGAGGAGGUCCAGUCUGAUGCCGAGCUGGCCCAGGCUCUGGAGCAGUACUACCUGUCCCUGCUCUACCCCACGUCCAGACCUGCAUCCCUGGCUGCGGCGGCCCCAUUGGUGGCGCCCCCUCCUCAGCAGUAUGCGGGGGCCAUGGAGCCCAGCAGCUACAGCAGCACUGAUCCAGAGUCCCUUCAGAGCAACCCGGACUACGGGGAGCCCUAUCCCCUGGUCGCAGAGCAGCUGCUAACCGUCAACUACGUCCCUGUGGAACACCCCCACCCCCACCACUGCUCCCCCUUCCACGGCAAGCACAAGCCCAGCCGGGCGUCGUUCUCCGGAGGUCAGCUGCCGCCGCCACCGGCUCGGUCCUCCCCCUGCAGGGGCUCAGGUGGCGCCGAGGCCCGGAGCUCGCCCAGAGGGACGGGGAAGAAGAGGACGACAGCGACAGCGACGACGACGACCACGGCGGCGACCAGCCGCUCGCGGUCCGAGAACAGCCUGCAGGCAGGAGGCGGGGGGUGGGGCCGCUAUUACACCGUCCAGAGGGACAUGGCCAGGGCCAGGCGGCAGGUGCAGGGCCAGGACGAGCCCCCCCACCACCAGCAGCGCCGCUGGUGCUCCACCGCUGACCUCAGCCAGGAGGAGGAGGAGGCGGCGGGUGGUGGAGGGGGAGGAGGGGGUGGUUACGGAGGACCCCACGCCCACCCGAGACAGGCCUGGCCCCCUCCCCCACCCUUGUGCGCUCAGUACGGAGGCCCGGAGCGAGGGGAUGAGGUGGCUGCAGUGGCCAUGGCGGCAGCAGCAGCAGUGGCUCCGGUCCCUGUCCAGGCAGCGGGCGGCGGCUCCGACUCCAGCCUGAGCGAGGCCUACUCGCCGGGCUCCAGCUCGUUCACCAGCGACUCGGACGAGAGCGGUGGGGGGCUCGUGUGGCCGCAGGAGGUGCCUCCACGGCUGGCCUCGUCCCCUCCCCCGGCCCUGUCCUCCGUGGUCAAGAUCAAGGCAUCGCACGCGCUCAAGAAGAAGAUCAUGCGAUUCCGCUCCGGCUCGCUGAAGGUCAUGACCACCGUUUGAGAGUGUCCAUCCUCCCCCCUCCCCAGCCGGGCCAUUCCCCCUCUGCCAUCCCCAUCCUCUGGGGGCUUCAGCUCUGCUCUACGGCCGCGAUGCAGCGUACUUUCAUGAGACAUUGUUUUGUAUGGAUCUCUUUACGUAAUUAUUUUAUUCGGUACAACCUUUUUUGUAAACAUUAAAUUAUCCAUUUCUAAAGAGGAAAGUGGGGCCAAUGCAAUACAGUGCUUAAAAGAACCUUAAAAAAAAGAACUCAAAAGACUUUGCAUUGCAUUAAGUCCACUGUCUAAUAAUGCCUGACUUUUGUAAAUAUACCUGAACUUUUACUAAUAUAAUUUUUUUCUCCUUUAAAAUGAAACAAGCCCACUGUAGCAUGCAACAGUGGCGCAAAGUAAGGAUGCAAGAGAGAGUGCCCACAUGCCCACCAGUGCCAUGCAGAGACGAACACACUGCCAAUUCUUUUAGACAUAUGCCACCUACCUACCUCUCACACAGUGCCCCCCCACACACACACACACACCAAAAAAGGAUGACUGUGCCUACAACUUUUACUCCCCCACUGCCACACCCCACCCCAACCCUUAUCCCCAUCUCUGCCCCACAAACAAUACCCUCAUGUGCCAAUAGGGGGUGCAGUUCUGCCUGCCCUCCUGCUUACUCUAGUAUUCAUGGAAUUUUGUAGAUAUUCUGCCCCUAUAGAGACAGUAGCACAUUAGUACUUUAGGACCGUAGCCAUGAAGGUUAUCAUGAAUGUAGAUUAGUUUGAGAAGAACUGCCCCUUCUCUGCUCCUCUGUUGUGUACUUCAACCAACAUUCGCACUGAAUAAACAUCUUUUUUGUAGCUCCAACGCCA